GCUGAGCCCUAUUAUAAAUAAGACAUAUUGCUUCUCUCUGCAAAACCCUAAUCGGCAGAAGCAGCUUCUUCUCUCUCAGGUAAGCUGGUGUUUUUUUCCUAGGGUUUCAGAACUAUACCUAACCAAAUGGCUCCUAAAGCUGAUUCGACCAAAAAAUCUGACCCUAAGGCUCAAGCCGUCAAGGCUGCCAAGGCUGUCAAGUCUGGAUCAACCUUCAAGAAGAAGUCACAGAAGAUAAGGACAAAAGUUACAUUCCACCGUCCUAGGACUUUGAAGAAGGAUAGAAGCCCUAAGUAUCCUCGUGUUAGUGCACCUGGAAGGAACAAACUUGAUCAGUAUGCUAUUCUAAAGUAUCCUCUCACCACUGAGUCUGCAAUGAAGAAGAUUGAAGACAACAACACCCUUGUUUUCAUUGUGGACAUCAAAGCUGAUAAGAAGAAGAUCAAGGCUGCCGUGAAGAAGAUGUAUGACAUUCAGACAAAGAAAAUCAAUACCUUGAUCAGGCCUGAUGGGACUAAGAAGGCAUAUGUGAGGUUGACUCCAGACUAUGAUGCUUUGGAUGUGGCCAACAAAAUUGGAAUCAUCUAAAUUAGUUUCCUGUUUAGAAUUUUGAUGAGAACUUAGAAUUUCAUGAAACACUUUAAUUGAAGUGCCUUGUGUUUUGAAUUUUGAAUUUUACUUUCCAGAGACGUGUUUUGUUCCAUAUUUUUGUUAUAAGAGAAUUCAACCUUAUGCUCCUAGUUA